GCGAUCGAUCGUGGUGAAGCUGCACUUCGAGAAGAGGAGCAACAAAAGAUGAAAGCCUGCGCAGGGGAACCUGCACCUUCAACAGUGUCGGGAUCUCAGCAACGCGCAGGGGCCUUGCCUCCAAGCUCUGCAUGGGUACACGCGCAAUCGAUGUCCAUCUUCGCGUUUGGCUUGCUGUGGUCUUGUGCUUGGGAUCGGGCGCCGCGUUCUGGAGAAGAUGCAACUACAACCCUUUGGAGCCAGAACGUGGCGCCCGAUCCCAAGCACAAGACCACAGCAAGCCAAACGCGAAGAUGGACAUCGGUUGCGCGUGUACCCAUGCAGAGCUUGGAGGUGGUGGCUCUGACAGCUGAGAUGGCUGACAUCAAGGUGAAGCUCAGGUGCUCUCAGGAACAGUUUGUGGACAUGCUGCAGAAGUACUACACUCAGCAGUUGGUUCAGCUUGAGGAUCCUGAUGCUGUGCCUGAUUGGGUGAUGCUCAGUUUCAGGAAUGAACUCAGUCAGAUCUUCAAAGACUUCAAGGGUUACCCAAAGAUCACUCAGGGGCAAUGGAUUAGGAUUCUCAAGACAGCUCUUCAGGAUGCUCAGGUGCCAGAUGGAGUUUUGUGGACUCAGAGGGGUGGCCAAGGGCGCUACCAGCUUCAGUCCAAUGAUCCACCUCAGGAACAAGACAAGCAGCACAUAGAAUUGCAGAAACAGCAUCUAGACCUGCCAGAGCAGGAACAAGGCAAGCAGCACAUAGAAUUGCAGAAGCAGCAUCUAGACCUGCCAGAGCAGGCACCUCCACAUGAAAGUGCAUCAGCAGCCCAGAAACAGGAGCAGAAGCAAAACAAGACGCAACAGCAGAUGCUGCUCACACCCCACGGAACCGGCACCAACUGCAAUUUGAACGCACAGGAACAAGACAAGCAGCACAUAGAAUUGCAGAAACAGCAUCUAGACCUGCCAGAGCAGGAGCAAGACAAGCAGCACAUAGAAUUGCAGAAGCAGCAUCCACAAAUGGCAGAGCAAGAACAAGACAAGCAGCACAUAGAAUUGCAGAAACAGCAUCUAGACCUGCCAGAGCAGGCCCUCCAGCAGAAACGGCAGCAGAAGCAAAACAAGACGCAACAGCAGAUGCUGCUCACACCCCACGGAACCGGCACCAACUGCAAUUUGAACGCACAGGAACAAGACAAGCAGCACAUAAAAUUGCAGAAACAGCAUCUAGACCUGCCAGAGCAGGAGCAAGACAAGCAGCACAUAGAAUUGCAGAAGCAGCAUCCACAAAUGGCAGAGCAAGAACAAGACAAGCAGCACAUAGAAUUGCACAAACAGCAGCCAGAACUGGCAGAGCAGGAGCAAGACAAGCAGCACAUAGAAUUGCAGAAGCAGCAUCCACAAAUGGCAGAGCAAGAACAAGACAAGCAGCACAUAGAAUUGCAGAAGCAGCAGCCAGAACUGGCAGAGCAGGAGCAAGACAAGCAGCACAUAGAAUUGCAGAAGCAGCAUCCACAAAUGGCAGAGCAAGAACAAGACAAGCAGCACAUAGAAUUGCAGAAACAGCAUCCAGACCUGCCAGAGCAG